UGUUUUUUAAUUUUUAUAAUAUCUGUAUAACAAAAUUAUUUGGUGUAGACGCAUACAUUGGUUUACAGAAGUUAAUUAAAACAUAACUUUAUCAUUUAUGUAAUUGGCUGCUGUUUGCGAAUUAUUUCAAAAUACAAUAGUAUACUGUUUAUUCGUUUCAAAAUUUAUAGAUAUACAUAAUAUUAAAUUAAAAUUGCCAGUGUCCAGUUCUGACAUCAGUUAUCUAUUUAUUUUCAAGAGAAAAUCAGAAAAAAUGGAUCCUUCAGUUUUAACAACAUUGAAAAUUUUGUUAAUUGGUCAAAGUGGAGUUGGUAAAUCUUGUUUAUUAUGCAGAUUCACAGAUGAUAUGUUUAAUGUAGACAAUGCGGUUACAAUUGGUGUUGAUUUUAAAAUGAAAAAAAUUACAGUUGAUAAUAACAAUAUUAAAUUGGCUCUAUGGGACACAGCUGGACAAGAAAGGUUUCGUACGUUGACACCAAAUUACUAUCGUGAUGGCCAAGGAGCUGUACUAGUUUACGAUGUAUCAAAUAGGGACUCUUUUACUUGUUUAGAAAAUUGGAUCAAUGAGCUAAAUAAAUAUUCAACUAAACCCAAUAUCAUUAAAAUGGUUGUUGGAAAUAAAAUCGACCAGGAAAGACAAGUGACCCGAGAUGAAGGUAUCGCAUUUGCUAAACGACAUCAAACAUUGUUUAUUGAAACUAGUGCCAAAACUAAAGAAGGUGUUCAUAUGGCAUUUGAAGAGUUGGUGAGGAAAAUAAUAAACACCCCAAGUUUAUGGGAAAAAAUUGAUGAUAGCAAUGUUGUACGAUGUAACAACGGAAGUACUGUUACUGAACCUUCUUCAUGUUAUUGUUAACUAUUUUAUCGUCAAUAUAUUCUUAGAGAAUAAACUAUAACACCUUCUCAUAAUCGUUGCUAUGCCUUUCUAUGUUUUUUAUUAAUUGGAUGUAUUAUAGAUUGCAUGAAUAAUAAAUAAACAAAUGUAAAAUAAAUCCUAUUACUUCUCUCAAUGCAAACAAAAAUGUUGGAUGUACAAAUAUGACAAUUUUUUCUGAAUUGUUUUUACCUUUGUGAUAAAUAAUUAUACUAAUUGGUAUAAAAUAAGUUUAAUAUACUAUCAUGUUAAUUAAUUUUAAUAACUGUUGAGCUGUUAU